CUUUAACAUUUACAGAAUAUUCCUUGAUCUUUUGGCCGAAACGUUCCAAGAGAACACCUUUAACUCAUCUCUAUUAGUUACUCUCACGGUACGAUGCCUUCGGAUGUGAAGGAGUUUCUACGCCAAGCGGCAAUGCAAGUUGGCGCCGGUGGAUCGGCCGGUUUCGUAGAAGUGUGCAUCAUGCAUCCAUUGGAUUUGGUCAAAACAAGGCUACAGCUGCAAGCCAGCCCUGUUGCGGGUGUGGCAAAAUCGACUACGUACUACAAUGGCGUUUUCGAUUGUAUCAGAAAAAUGGCCAAAACGGAAGGAGUAUUUUCACUGUACAAAGGCAUCUUGCCUCCGGUGCUGGUUGAAACGCCCAAACGAGCGGUGAAAUUUUUAACCUUCGAACAGUACAAACGCUUCUUCAUGUUUGGAUCGGACAAACCUACGCCCCUGACAUUUUCCUUGGCAGGUCUAGGAGCGGGCGUGACGGAAGCUAUUCUUGUAAAUCCAUUCGAAAUGGUAAAGGUAACCUUGCAAGCAAACAAAAACAAGAUGGGUCAGGUACCAAGCACUUGGGCUGUUACGAAGCAAAUCAUCAACGAAUCCGGCUUCGGGUUGAAUGGAUUGAAUCGUGGCCUUACGGCCACUAUCGGACGAAACGGAGUGUUCAAUAUGAUCUACUUUGGAUUUUACCAUAGCGUGAAAGGCAUUGUUCCGGAGUAUAAGGAUCCUGUGCAAGAAUUCUUACGCAAAGUUGGUAUCGGGUUCGUGAGCGGAACACUUGGCUCGAUCGUUAAUAUUCCCUUCGAUGUGGCAAAGUCUCGAAUCCAGGGACCUCAACCAGUUCCGGGGCAGGUGAAGUAUCGUACCACAUUCGGCUCGAUGAUGAUCGUUGCCCGUGAGGAAGGAUUCGCAGCGCUUUACAAAGGUCUCACCCCGAAGGUGAUGCGUUUAGGGCCGGGCGGUGCAAUUAUGCUGGUAGUUUACGACUAUGUGUACGCUUUUCUGGACGAUUACUUCAAGUAAAUUGCGUAACGUACCGAUCGGACAAAGGGGAUCGCAACAUUCGCAAAUAACAACAACAUACCAUUAGAUAGAGCAGAUGUUUCCUUCCUUGCCCACUUGUUUUGAAGCUCGGUGUGGUUUAUAAAUGGCAUUUAUUUACAUACUCAGGUGCAUUUUGUAAUACGCGGUAACGAUUCGUGUGUUGUAAGGCAACACAAUUUAUACAACGUUUUGGAGUAAAUUUUCUUCUCUUGAA